ACCCGACUCCUUGCCUGCUCCGUAAACCAAAAUGCCUCGCGAUCCACUCAUCGCUCUCGUCGGCAAGCCGUCGUCUGGCAAGAGUACCACCUUGAACAGCCUGACGGAUGCCACGUCCAAAGUAGAUUCACUACCAUCGACCCCAACCGAGCCGUAGGCUAUCUCCAGAUUCCGUGCGCAUGUUCAAGGCCAGGAGUCCCAAAUGUUGGCGACAAGCCCCUCGUUGAAAGAUGCAAACCAAACUAUGGCGUGUGCAACAAUGGAACCCGCUCUGUGCCCAUCGAGCUACUCGACGUAGCCGGUCUGGUACCUGGCGCGCAUAUGGGCAAAGGUCUAGGAAACCGAUUCUUGGACGACUUGAGACACGCCGAUGCUCUGAUUCACGUUGUUGAUGUCAGCGGAACAACUGAUGCCGAAGGCAAGGCGACAAGAGGCUACGACCCCAGUGUGGACAUUGAAUGGUUGCGCUCCGAGAUUGUUCGCUGGAUCCAAGGCAACCUCAUGGAAAAAUGGUGCGNNGGAUCUGUCAAGAGAAGACACACCGCAAUCAAGGGAAACGCAGUCGACACACUACAAGGCCAAUUCUCGGGCUACGGCUCUACGAAACAGAUUAUCGCUCGUACCCUCGACAAGCUAGAACUGAAAGAGCCUUUGCAAGAUUGGAGUGAUGAGACGGUCGAAAAAGUGGUCAACGCCUUUGUGGAUGAAAAGUUCCCUACGGUCAUCGCACUGAACAAGAUCGACCAUCCCGAUGCCGACAAGAAUGUCGCCAAGAUUGCGAAGCUCAACGACCCAAACACACUCGUUCUCUGCUCGGCCAUCAGCGAGGUCUUCUUGCGCCGCCUGGCAAAACAAGGCUUUGUCAACUACCAAGAAGGCAGCGAGUUUGUCGACACAAAAGAAGACCUCAUCGAGAACGGAGAGCCCGAUGGUGGUGGCUUGAAAGAGUUGGAUGAGAAGCUGCAGAACACUGGUGUAAAUCAAGUCCUUACACGUGCAGCGGAGCUCUUGGGACUCACACCCGUCUUCCCUGUCAGAAACAUCUCGACAUUUUCGUCUGGCGAUGGACGUGAAGGCGGUGUGUUUAGAGAUUGCGUUCUGGUCAAGAAGUAUGUCCAUUCUAGAAAACCCUUCCGGAAAUAUAGACUAAUAUAUUGGGCAGGANACUCGACGGUUGGAGAUGUAUAUCGCAAGAUCAUGGGCGAUGCGCCAUUAGCCUAUGUGGAAACAGUAGGAGGACAGAGAGUGGCUGAAGAUGAUCCCGUGUCAGUAGGCAAGAACGACAUUCUGUCGUUCAAGGUCGGAAGAGGUUGA